AAUGGCGGCGCACUGUUGACGGGAAGCGGCGCGACUGAAUGGCCCAAGCGUUGGAGUCGAGCCGCCGUUUGAAGGCGGGAUUUUGAUUUUAUUUUAUUUUGUUUCAUUGAUUUGUCUGGGACACCGCUCGCGGCGGUGAUUUGGAGGUGUUGGGCCGGGGCGGUGACAUCCUGGUCGCUCGGGUCGCGGAGGUUAACACAAAAUGAACGUGCUGAAUGAAAUUUCCAAGGAGACAGUGGCACGGCCACUGAGCCGGAGCGAAGUGCUGGGGAUGCUCUUCCGUCUCACUUUGGUCGGUGCUGCCACAUACUUUGGUAUCAAAUGGAUGGUGGAUACCAUAGAUCCGACACGGAGACAGAAGAUGGAAAACCAGAAAAAGGCAGCAAAGCUGAUGAAACAGAUUGGUGUGGAAGGGAUCAAGCUGUCAGAACAUGAAUUGACAAUAGCGUCUCAUUUGGUGGAUCCCAGAACACUGAAAGGGGUGACAUGGCGGGACAUUGCUGGGCUGGAUGAAGUUAUUACUGAAUUGCAGGAAACAGUAAUUCUCCCAUUCCAGAAGAGACACUUAUUCCGUGAAUCCAAACUCUUGCAGCCACCUAAAGGUGUGUUGCUGUAUGGCCCUCCUGGUUGUGGGAAGACCCUCAUUGCUAAAGCUACGGCAAAUGUGUCCGGCUGCCAUUUCAUCAACAUGCAGGCCUCCGCAUUAACUGAUAAAUGGUACGGAGAGUCGCAGAAGCUGACGGCUGCCAUCUUCUCUUUGGCUGCAAAAAUUGAGCCUUGUAUUGUCUUCAUUGAUGAAAUAGAUUCCUUUCUGCGGAACCGCUCCUGCACUGACCAUGAGGCAACUGCCAUGAUGAAAGCGCAGUUCAUGAGCCUGUGGGAUGGAUUGAGCACUGACGCAGAUUGCCAGGUGAUUGUGAUGGGCGCUACAAACAGACCUCAGGAUGUAGAUCCGGCCAUCUUGAGAAGGAUGCCCAGUACGUUCCAUGUGGACCUGCCCAGGCAGCGACAGCGGCAUGAGAUUCUGAAGUUGAUCCUUUCUGGUGAGCGUUUAAACAGUGAUGUGAGACUGAAAGAAAUAGCGGAGAAAACGGCCGGUUACUCGGGCAGUGACCUACGGGAGCUUUGCCGAGAAGCAGCCCUGCACCGGCUCCGAGACUUUGUUCGGAAGGAGCAAAUGCACUGCAUUGAGAGGCAGCUGCAGGCUGAUGACUACAAGGGAAGCUCCACUGAUGAGGGUCUCCGAGCAAUCACUCAGACAGACCUCUACCUGGCCUUGGAGAAGUUGAAAGAAUCAAAGGCAGGAACUAAUGUCCUGAUGCUGCAAGACACUCCCCUGGACUGAAUGAAGCACAUAAGGAGCGAGACUAAACAAUGGGUUUUACACGUGCAAGUCGCUUUCUUUUGUUUUAGAGGCAAUUCCGUUGACUUCUCCAUAUUCCAGUUCACUUUCACAACUGGUCUACUCUUCCCUUGUGAAAUUGGAUUCUGAAGAGAUGCUGAGCAACCAUCAGCCCUCCUUUCUUUCUGGCGAUCAGACACUCCCACUACUGGCUUCAUGAGAAGUAGUGUGAUGUGUGCUGACAGUGAAGUGAGUCAACCUCAUUUGGCCUCGGAUGAGUCAAAAAGACUGGCAGUUGUUGUCCCACCCUCGCAUUUCAGUGGAGAGCUGUUAAGUAGCUCAAAGUGAGGAUGGCUGAGCUAUGUUUUCCUAUCCAGUCUCCUUUCCAGCAGUGCUGCCAAUGCCAUCUGCUGUCUUACCAAAUGUGAUCUUUUCUCAGUGGCUGAGCUGGGGUAUUGCGUAUCGUCAAGCUAUUUUGAUGCUGGAUAGGUGAUAGAGCAUGGCCAUAAGAGGAGCAGGAAGCCUGCACUAUUGCUUCCCAAUCUAAUUCCCCAACCCAAGUGGCGAUGUUGGAGAGGGGCAGAGCUGGAUGUGGUGGAGCUUAACAUUAUUGAAAUGGGCAUGUUGCUCCAGUUGCUAUGUCAAGGUCAACACGCACUGCGCCCCUGCCCCCUACCCCUUGUGGCACUGUUGUGGCCUAUCUUAAAAGAGCAGCAGGAACGUCUGGUUCCCUGGCCAGCGUUCCUCUCCUGAUCAAUAUCACAAAAGUUGCUGCUGUUCAGGAGUUACUGUUGUCUGAAAAGUGGCUGGUUUUGCAAUCUCCACUGAUUGGAGCAUUUCAUUAGAGCAUUAGCUUAACUCACUGGAAAGUGUUUUCUCUUUGCGUUCCAAGCUGAGAGUUUGACAUGGCAGAGGCAUGAGCACAUGAUUCAGACUGGCACCUUUUGUUCACUGCUGAAGGAGUGCUGCCCUGUUGAAUGUACAAUCUUGUACACAGGGUGUUCAAACCAAAGCCUUGUCUGUCCUUUGUGGAUUGAUGCUACAGAUCUGUCAGCAGUAGAUACAGAAGGCAAACUGUUCUCCUGAAUAAAAUUUAUCUUUUUCCAUUUGUCAUCACAAAUUAGCUGCUAUGUUUCUUACAUUCCAGCAAUAACUAUGCUUCAUUUGGUUGGAAAGCACUUGUGGAUGUGAGUUCAAUUGAAAUGCAUCUCCUAUCUACUAACUGAAAUUAAUUCAUCAGUUCCAUUUAUUUCCUCUUUGAUCACUUCAUGAGGAAUUACAAACUACUUCUGUGUUUACAACUUCACCUUUUUUUUGUUUAUAGCUGUCUGUAUAACACAAUGUGUGGUUCAGUUUCUCAAACUUAAGAGGUUCAGUCCUUUUGGGGUGUAUUCACGAUCAAUCUCCUCCUACCUACGGUCAACGUCAACAGGUUGUGGAUUGGACCUUUUGGCAGAGACUGAAGGUGGAGAAGAAGAGCAUUUACCUGACACACCUCAUCCUGACUUUAAAGAUCUCCAUCAGUUCACCUCUCAGUCUUCCCUUUUUUUCCAGAGAGGAUACCCUCUCAAUUCUUGAAUGUUUUAUAAAUGUUGUUGAGUACAUCUGUGUUUUGUUUGUAAUGUGGAAACCUGAACUUUGUGCAGCACUCUGUGUGAUAUAACCAAGAUUGUGAAUGAGUUCAUCAUAACUAACUUGUUUUUGAAUUGGAUUUCUCUGAGCUUUGUCAUCCUGUGUUUCCAUUUCUGAUGAUUUUUGAACCUGUGUACCGAAUUCCAUUUUAUGCUAUUCCAGCGACUCUCUUUGUCUCAGGAUUUCUCCUGUCAGAAUGGUGCCUCUCCAGUUUGUAUAGUCAGCCCAAAUCUCAUUCUGUGAGCUCACAAGGAAAAGGGUGGCUAAUUGGCUGGGUAAUUGGAGAGUGACCACUAAUGCAGCUCGUGUCAGGAUCUUGAUUGGGACUCAGUGAUGAAUUGUCGUUCGGUUAUCCGCACCUUUGUUUCUCUUAAGUGGUCUCACCUGAGCAUUGAAUGGAUAAACCUCAUUUCCUUUUCUUCAAUCUCUGACAGUCACAUGAGAGUCAUGGGUUCAAACUGGGCAAACCUCAUUUUAGGAACGCGAUCUGGGUGUGCACAUAAAAUAGGUAGGAAAAUGGUGUGGGUGUUAACAAUGGGACACCAAUGAAAUAAUGAAUCAUAAUAGGCUAAAUUACCUUCCCUAUCUGGAUCAAUUAUGUGAUUUUAAAGGGUUAAACUGCAGUUUCAAUAAAUCUCUGCAAAAUGUAACUCUUGAAUCUUCUUGUGCUCUGAGAUACGCUUGUUCAGCCCUCAUGACAAAAAAACAUUCUGGUGAUUUUAUAAUGAAAUAAAAACUGGAAUUAAGGUUUGUUUUUGGACCAGAGCAAAACCGAUGCAUGAGGGGUCAUUUUUAGCAGGUCUUCAGCCACGUGCUGCAGCCAGCAGCAUGACCAGGUUGUCCCACUCUCAACUAAGUGGAAGGAAAGCUGUUAACCAGGUCAGAAAACUGGAGUGAGUCUGAUAAGACAAGGCCAAAUAUGAAAGAAAGAUUACAUCUUGCAGCCUAAUUUUAUAUCGAGUUACUUUGUCAUUAACUUUUUUAACUAUACUGUCUUGUAAUUUGGGUUUUCAAAUUUCGAACAAAUCCUUAACUAAAAUUCUGUGACCCGCAAUUCUCUGAAGAUCCAACUUUAUGAUGAGAAGUUGGUAUCAAUGCGAAUGUUGACAUUAUUAUCUUCAUAAUCAAUUACUAGCUAACUUUAUUUCGAGAGAACAGUGUUCAUUUGUGAUGUGGUCAAGUAAAAGAAAUGUUGGAUACUUGGUGGGGGGGAUGCAGGGACAGAAAGUCUGUUCAGCAUAAUUCAGUGGGAAUGGUUGAAGUGUGUCAAUAUUUUUCAAUCACUUCCCCUGACUUGAGGUUUUGCAGAGGCGGGCAGAUUUUGAUGUAGCUGAAUUCAGGAGAUAAAAAGACGAAAAUUGGUGCUCUUGGUGUUGAAUGAUCCUCCAAUAUUUCACUGUUUGGGGUGAAAGCCAUGCAUCUCUGCAAUGAUGUGCGCAUGUUGCAGGAGUUGAGUAGAAACAUUUAUUGCCAGUGUUGAUUUAUUGUUUGAACAUGUUUAUAAUUUGGUGAUUUUCUUUUUUAAAGAUUUGUAGCUCAGGUUGGUGAUAAGUUAGAUGGCAGAGCUUGAUGGCUUUCAAACAUUUCUGUCACCAUGCUAGGUAACAUCUCCGGCUUCACUGGAGACACUGUGAUGAUAUUACCUAGUAUGGUGAUGAAAUAUCUGAAAACAAACCUUCAAACUCAGCGAGCUAACCUAUUAAUGUUUAUAAUUUACGAUUAUUGACAAUAGCUGGGAAAGGAAAUGUUGUUUUGGCUGUUUGUUAUGAAUGUUCUGUAGUUUACCAUGUUUUCCAUUAAAUUAUUUGUGUGAAAUAAUGUUACA